AUGUCUCAUUGCAUACAACUUGGAGAGAAGCAUGAAUUAGCACGCCCGGCCCACUCGGCGUUAUGGGCGAAGGUGGUUGGCCUUAAACGCUGUGCCACCUUUACAUUCAAGUACAGGAAUAUCGAUUUCCUCGUGGCCCAGGGGAUACCCCCUAGAGCAGCACUUCCGGGUUCAGAUGCUCCCCCUCGCUCAAACCCAUCGCGUAUUUCAACGGGCUCUACUUCCCAUAUGUCUGUUGACGCUGGUCCUUCGAGUCUUGGAAAGAGAGCACGGAAAGAUCCAGUGGUCAAAAGUGACCCUGAUAAUGAUGAACGCUCCCAAUUGGACGAGGAAGCCAGGAACUUGCGGGCUCGCCUUGCGGAGAUCGAGGCAAAGAAGGCGUCGUUGGAAUCCCCUUCCGCGAAACGCGUGAAAAGGGAGGUCAAAAGGGAACCAUCUGGUUCGGCGUUUGUGUCUGGGGAGGUCGUUGACCUCACCAGCGAGUCUGAGGUCAAGCCAGAAACCAGACUGUGUUUUGCUCCAGGGGAGGUUAUCGAUCUCACACUGUAG